UUCAUGAAAUCGUAAACAAAAACGCCGAAAUCACACAAAGACCAUAAAUUUAUCGAAUUUCCCGAUAAAUCGCGCUCAAAACAGACCAAAACAUGUCGAACGAUUCAGUUGAAUUAAGUUCCUAUCGCGAUCAACACUUCAAAGGUUCUCGCAGCGAACAGGAUCGUUUGCUGCACCAAUCGAGCACCUUGUAUGUCGGAAACUUGGCUUUUUACACGACGGAAGAACAAAUUCACGAGUUAUUCUCGCGUUGCGGCGAUGUGCGACGUAUCGUGAUGGGUCUCGACAAAUUCCGGAAGACCCCGUGUGGCUUUUGCUUCGUCGAAUAUUACGUGCGCGAAGAUGCAGAAGCAGCGAUGCGUUAUAUCAACGGAACUCGCCUGGAUGAUCGCAUCGUGAGAGUCGAUUGGGAUGCCGGCUUCGUGGAGGGACGACAAUAUGGCAGAGGAAAGUCGGGCGGGCAAGUGCGUGACGAGUAUCGAACAGAUUACGAUGGAGGACGCGGCGGAUACGGCAAAAUUGUACAAAUGAAAAUCGCACCAAACACGAACGACAGUCGGGGAUGAAAAGAAAUCACAUUUUUUUUUCUUGUAUUUAAUAAGUAAUUACGACAAAUAUUGCUGAUAAACUACCUAAUAUAAUAUUUUAUGACAACGUA